CUCCCUCUUUCCCCCCAAAGUCCUCCAGCAGAGCGGAGCAGCAGCAGCAGAGGAGCCGCAGAGAGGCCGCGUCUCACAGCCGGAGAAAACUCGCCAACAUGGUGAACUUUACAGUAGACCAGAUCAGGGAGAUCAUGGACAAGAAGUCCAACAUCAGGAACAUGUCCGUGAUCGCCCAUGUGGACCACGGAAAAUCGACUCUCACUGACUCCCUUGUGUGCAAGGCAGGUAUCAUUGCUUCUGCACGAGCUGGUGAGACCAGGUUCACCGACACAAGAAAAGAUGAACAGGAAAGGUGCAUCACCAUCAAGUCAACAGCUAUCUCUCUGUACUACGAGCUCAGCGAGAAUGACUUGGCCUUCAUCAAGCAAUGCAAGGAUGGGUGUGGUUUUCUCAUAAACCUGAUCGACUCUCCUGGUCACGUGGACUUCUCGUCCGAGGUGACGGCAGCUCUGAGAGUUACAGAUGGGGCUCUCGUAGUAGUAGACUGUGUUUCAGGUGUGUGUGUGCAGACUGAAACCGUUUUGAGGCAGGCCAUUGCAGAACGCAUCAAACCCGUCUUAAUGAUGAACAAGAUGGAUCGUGCCUUGCUUGAGUUGCAGCUGGAACCAGAUGAGCUGUUCCAGACCUUCCAGCGCAUCGUGGAGAAUGUCAACGUCAUCAUUUCAACCUAUGGAGAAGGAGAGCAUGGACCAAUGGGCAAUAUUAUGGUGGAUCCUGUUGUUGGUACAGUAGGAUUUGGUUCAGGCCUCCAUGGCUGGGCUUUCAUGAAGCAGUUCGCUGAGAUGUAUGUGGCCAAGUUUGCUGCCAAAGGUGAAAAGAAAAAAGCAGAAACCAGCCCUGCAGAGCGUUCUAAGAAGGUGGAGGAGAUGAUGAAGAAGCUUUGGGGAGACAAGUAUUUUGACCCUUCCAAUGGAAAAUUUAGUAAAACAGCAACUAAUGCAGAGGGCAAAAAGCUCCCUCGCACUUUCUGCCAACUUGUCCUGGAUCCAAUUUUCAAGGUUUUCGAUGCCAUCAUGAACUUCAAGAAAGAGGAGACCCAGAAACUGAUUGACAAACUGAACGUAAAGCUUGAUGCUGAGGACAAGGAGAAGGAAGGGAAACCAUUGCUUAAGGCUGUGAUGCGCCGCUGGUUGCCUGCAGGUGAUGCUUUGCUUCAGAUGAUUACCAUCCAUCUACCUUCACCUGUAACAGCCCAGAGGUACCGCUGUGAGCUGCUGUAUGAAGGCCCAGGAGAUGACGAGUCAGCCAUGGGCAUCAAGAACUGUGACCCUAAAGCUCCACUGAUGAUGUAUGUCUCCAAAAUGGUACCAACUAGUGACAAGGGUAGAUUCUACGCCUUUGGUCGUGUUUUCUCUGGUGUUGUGGCCACUGGGCAGAAGGUGCGUAUCAUGGGCCCAAACUAUACGCCAGGGAAGAAGGAGGACUUAUACUUGAAGCCAAUUCAAAGAACUAUCCUUAUGAUGGGCCGCUAUGUUGAACCCAUUGAAGAUGUGCCCUGUGGGAACAUCGUUGGACUGGUUGGGGUUGAUCAGUUUUUGGUGAAGACUGGUACCAUCACCACCUAUGAGCAAGCUCACAACAUGCGAGUGAUGAAGUUCAGUGUUAGCCCUGUAGUGAGAGUGGCUGUGGAGGCCAAAAACCCAGCUGAUCUUCCAAAGCUGGUAGAAGGCCUUAAACGCUUGGCCAAGUCUGACCCCAUGGUUCAGUGCAUCAUUGAAGAGUCAGGUGAGCACAUUGUGGCUGGGGCAGGAGAGCUGCAUCUGGAAAUCUGCCUAAAAGAUCUUGAAGAAGAUCAUGCUUGUAUUCCCCUGAAGAAAUCAGAUCCAGUGGUGUCAUAUCGUGAAACAGUGAGCGAUGAUUCGGAUCAAGUCUGCUUGUCCAAGUCUCCCAACAAGCACAACCGUCUGUACAUGAAGGCUCGGCCCCUCCCAGAUGGCUUGGCCGAGGACGUUGAUAAGGGUGAUGUUACUGCUAGGCAGGAGCUUAAACAAAGAGCUCGCUACCUGGCUGAGAAGUAUGAGUGGGAGGUUGCUGAGGCCCGUAAAAUAUGGUGCUUCGGACCAGAUGGAACGGGACCCAACAUCCUUGUGGAUAUCACAAAGGGAGUGCAGUAUCUGAAUGAGAUCAAGGACAGUGUGGUAGCUGGUUUCCAGUGGGCAACCAAGGAGGGAGCACUUUGCGAGGAGAACAUGAGGGCAGUGCGAUUUGACAUCCAUGAUGUCACCCUGCAUGCUGAUGCCAUUCACAGAGGAGGCGGUCAGAUCAUUCCUACAGCCCGAAGGGUUCUGUACGCUUCUGUGCUGACCGCACAGCCCAGACUGAUGGAACCCAUUUACCUGGUGGAGAUUCAAUGUCCAGAGCAGGUUGUGGGUGGUAUCUAUGGUGUCCUGAACAGGAAAAGAGGCCAUGUCUUUGAGGAGUCUCAAGUGGCAGGGACGCCUAUCUUUGUCGUGAAGGCAUAUCUCCCUGUAAAUGAAUCAUUUGGUUUCACAGCUGACCUGAGGUCCAAUACAGGUGGCCAGGCCUUUCCUCAGUGUGUGUUUGACCACUGGCAGAUUCUGCCUGGAGACCCCUACGAUGCCAACAGCAGGCCUGCCCAGGUCGUGGCCGAGACCCGUAAGCGUAAAGGCCUGAAGGAGGGAAUCCCAGCUUUAGACAACUUCCUGGACAAAUUAUAAUCUUCCUGGACUGCCAAAAGUACAUUUAAGCAAUCGGUAGCUCUUACACACUUGCAGUGUUAUUUACCUACAUUGUGAUGGAAAUGUAUGUUUACAUUAAAAAUAAAGCCUGAGCUUGACUUGA